AAGAAAAUACAAAAUGGCGACCUUUUUGUGCAGAAGGGUUUUGACAGGAUCUUGUAGGACUUUAGGGACACACCUGGCUGUUUCAAGAGAUAUAGCUUCAUGYAUACGCACUGGUCUUCUGGUUUCUCAAAUGAAGCAAAAACAUGACUCUGCAAACAAAACGAUAGAGGUCCAAAUAGAUCCUGAGAGGCUAAAGGAAAUAGAAGAAUCUCCAAGUGGAUGGGUACCGCCUACAGAAACACCACCAGACCUCCCAUUUUUUCUUAAAAGAUCCAAAAUGAAUAAUUUACCAGUGUAUACAGAUUAUAAAGCUGGAGGAACAAGGCAUAUCACAGUUAUUAGAAAAAUCAAGGGAGACCUUAAAGCCCUUGAGUGCCUUUUGCAUGAUAAACUGGAUAAGGAUCUUGUAAUUCAAAUCAAUGAACUUACAGGACAAGUAAAAAUAAAGGGAAACCACAAAGACAAAGUGGUUUCCAUCUUAAAGGAAUUGGGGUUUUGAUUAGUAAUGGUGUUGUCUGUAAUUAUUGUUAAUAAAGAUUAAUGAACUUUG